GUUAACAAUUAUUUCAAUUCUUUUACUUAUUUUCUUACUGUUCUUUUGUAGAGACAGGGUCUUGUCAUGUUGUCAAGGCAGGUGUAAAACUCCCGCACUCAAGCAAUCCUGGUGCCUUAGCCUUCCAGAGUGCUGGGAUUACCUGUGUGAGCCACUGUACCUGGCCUCACCUCUUGUUAAAAUUAAAACGCCUUAAUACUUUUAGCAGACUUAUUGGGCCAAUAUUUUCAAGACCUAUGCAGAAUUACCAGUGCCACUUCCCCUUUUUCUGUGGCUCCACCCCUUCAACUUUUUGCCCAAGAAAACAUUAGUGUUUGCCUGUAGCUAAUAUGCAGUUGUUUCUGCCCCCAAAUCAACAGGGCUUAAUGAAAACUCUAGAAAGUAGGAACUCGUGGGAGAGAAGAGAAAAAAAGACAAGUUCACAAGGUUCCUGGGUGGAGCUCCCCAUGAAUAGCAGCAAUGGCAAUGAUAAUGGCAAUGGGAAAAAUGGGGGGCUAGAACACGUACCUUCCUCAUCCUCCAUUCACAAUGGAGACAUGGAGAAGAUUCUUUUGGAUGCACAGCAUGAAUCAGGACAGAGUAGUUCAAGAGGCAGUUCUCACUGUGACAGCCCUUCGCCACAAGAAGAUGGGCAGAUCAUGUUUGACGUGGAAAUGCACACCAGCAGGGACCAUAGCUCUCAGUCUGAAGAAGAAGUUUUAGAAGGAGAGAAGGAAGUUGAGGCUUUGAAGAAAAGUGCAGACUGGGUGUCAGACUGGUCCAGUAGACCCGAAAACAUUCCACCCAAGGAGUUCCACUUCAGACACCCUAAACGUUCUGUGUCUCUAAGCAUGAGGAAAAGUGGAGCCAUGAAGAAAGGGGGUAUCUUCUCCGCAGAAUUUCUGAAGGUGUUCAUUCCAUCUCUCUUCCUUUCUCAUGUUUUGGCUUUGGGGCUAGGCAUCUAUAUUGGAAAGCGACUGAGCACACCCUCUGCCAGCACCUACUGAGGGAAAGGAAAAGCCCCUGGAAAUGCGUGUGACCUGUGAAGUGGUGUAUUGUCACAGUAGCUUAUUUGAACUUGAGACCAUUGUAAGCAUGACCCAGCCUACCACCCUGUUUUUACAUAUCCAAUUCCAGUAACUCUCAAAUCCAGUAUUUUAUUCAAACUCUGUUGAGGCAUUUUACUAACCUUACACCCUUUUUGGCCUGUAGGACAUUUUAGAAUUUCUUAACAGAGUUUACUGUUGUUUAGAAAUUUGCAAGGGCUUCUUUUCCGCAAAUGCCACCAGCAGAUUAUAAUUUUGUCAACAAUGCUAUUAUCUCUAAUUAGUACCACCAGACUAGACCUGUAUCAUUCAUGGUAUAAAUUUUACUCUUUCGACAUAACUACCAUUUCUCUCUUAAACUGAGAUCAGGUUAGCAAAUGAUGUCAAAGAAGCUUUAUUUUCUAGUUGGUUUUUUCCCUCAAGACAAAGACAAGUUUCCCUAAGAUUGAGUUGAUAGUUCUUAAAAAGAAAACAAACAAACAAAAGCAAGACACAAGGAAAAAAACAUCCUGGGCAAUAAAAAAUUAUUUUAAACCAGCUUUGGAGCCACUUUUUUGUCUAAGCCUCCUAAUAGCGCCUUUUAAUUUGUAGGAGGCAAGCUGUAUAAAUGAUAGGUAUGAAAUAGAGUAAGAACUAAAAUACAUCAGCAGAUUUUCAUACUAGUAUGUUGUAAUGCUGUCUUUUCUAUGGUGUAGCAUCUUUCUGAUAAGGAACGUCUCAGGCCUAGAAAUAUAUGAAAUUGCUUUUUGAGAUUUCUGUGUGUGUGUUUGGUAUUUUUUAUGUUAAUUAGCUGCAUGUGAAUUUUUCGUGACUUUCUUUAAAUUUUUAAAAAAUUUUUUAUUUCUUUAUUUUUUUCCUCUCUCUAAGAGGCUUUGGAAUGAGUUCCAAUUCUUGAUGUUAAUACAGGCUUCUUGUUUUAGGAAGCAUCACCUAUACUCUGAAGCCUUUAAGCUCUGAAGAGAAUUGUUUCAGAGUUAUUCCAAGCACUUGUGCAACUUGGAAAAGCAGACUUGGGUUGUGGGAACAGUUGACAGCAUUCUGAAAAGAUGCCAUUUGUUUCCUUCUGAUCUCUCACUGAUUAAGUGUUUACUGUACAGUCUUCCCAAGGUGAUUCCUGCGACUGCAGGCACUGGUCAUUUUCUCAUGUAGCCGUCUUCUCAGUUAUGGUAAACUUCAAGUUCAGAACACUCAGCAGAUUCCUUCGAUGAUAUGCUUGUUCGUUUGUUUCUAAAAUGUGAAGCUUUAGGACCAAAUUGUUAGAAAGCAUCAGGAUGAUCAGUUAUCUCGAGUAGAUGUUCUUGGAUUUCAGAACAUCUAGCAUGACUCUGAAGGAUACCACAUGUUUUAUAUAUAGAUAUUCCUGUUUAUGAUAGAGACGUUGCUAUUGACUAUUUAGAGAACCAUUGUUAAUUUUAAAACUAGCAAUCUGUAAAGUGCAUCAGGUCAACUUGAAUAAAAACACUAUAACAGCCAGGUUUGCCAGUUUGCAGGAACUAUCUAACUCUUCUCUCUCACAUCAAGGUUUGUAAAAUUGAUGUGUUAUAGUGGAAAAUAACAUACAGAUUAUAAACAAGAAAAUUUUUAUCUUUUUUCAAGAACAUAGCUGGCUAUCUUUAAGAAAGAUAAUAGAUCCUAAAUAGUUUUCCAAGUAAUUUUCUUUUUUCUUUCUAGCAUUUGAUGUCUAAAUAAUUUUGGACAUCUUUUUAUUAGACCAUGUUUCUGUCUUACUCAUAAACCUGGUCACACUUGAUUUGCCUUCUAUAACCUAUUUAUUUCAAGUGUUCAUAUUUCAAUUUCUCUGGGAAGAAAGUAAAUCUGAUGGCUCACUGAUUUUUGAAAAGCCUGAAUAAAAUUGGAAAGGCCAGAAAGUUAGGAGAACUGAAUAGCUAAACUGCUACAGUAUGCAGUUUGUAUUAGAAUUGGUAUUACAGGAGGGAAAAGAAAAAUUGUACUUUACAUGAAAGUGACUUCUUAUAGCAAGUGUGUUGUGCUCUUUCCAAGUUCAGUAGCAAUUCUGUCAGUAGUGCCAUUGAACCUGGGUAUAUUUAUGAUUUCUUUCUACGUUAAACAUAGUGUGCCCUUUUUCUUAAAUUAGCAGCGAAAUUACGGAAUAUUACUUAAAACAUGAAUACAUCAUCACGGUAGCAUUUAUUAUGAGAGCAUGUAGUAUGUUUCUAUAGCCCUAACACAUAGGAUGAAGACUUACUUUUACUCCUACUCAGAUUUGUGUUGAAUGAAGACAUUGUGGAUUAGAAAGGAGAAUUCAGCAGUUAGCAGUUGAAAUUGUGAGAUUUAUGUUUAAAAAGCUUUACACCUGUUUACAAUUUGGGAACAAAAGGCAGGCUUCAUUUUUCAUAUGUUUGAUGAAAACUGGCUUAAGCUAUUUUGUAAAUAGAAUCAAGAGCAAAACUGCACAGACUUGCACAUUGAAAAGUGCAACAAGUUCCCGUGAUUGCAGUAAAAAUACUUACUGUUCUAAAAAUGAGAAUUGAAAACUUAGCCAGUCGGAUGAGUUUUUACAUGAACUCGUUGUGGAAAUUAUCAGAAUUAACUGAGCCAAAGUGAUUAUGCAUUCUUCAUCUAUUUAGUUAGCACUUUGUAUCGUUAUAUACAGUUUACAAUACCUGUAUAACUUGUAGCUAUAAACAUUUUGUGCCAUUAAAGCUCUC